UCUUAAAUUAAUAAAGAUUUUCAAAUAUAUUUCAUACGAAUGUGAAUAAUCCUCGAUGGUCUCUUAAUUUAAAACAAAUGUGUAACUUUUUAAUUAGAUGUUUUUAUAAAAUUCACUAAUAAUAAAAACAAAAAACACGCAAAUAUAAUUUAGGACGAAUUAUUAAUAGAGCGAAAUGUUCGUUACUGAUGUUCAUUAUGAUUUUAUAUCAAAUCCUGUGUUAAUUUAAUUUAAAAAUCUCUUAUUGACAAAAUUGACAAUUAAUAAUCAAAUCUAUAAUUAUCAUUGUAUUUAUAAUUUUAUAUUAUACAGAUCUUAUAAUAUAGAUACUUUAUGGUGUGCAUUGAAGUUUGUUUACAAAUGGCGGAUGGUCAAUUUAUUAAAUAAUAAUCUUUAAUUCUUUUUGACAUUACCCCACUCUUGCAAUGGGUAAAGAACCAAUUUCUCCGGAAAAAGUAACGAAAGAUGCAGAUCUUCGUCGCGAGCAGGGUCGAUUAUUUGAAGCAAUAUGUGACUUUUCCAGUAUAGAGAAGGGUGAUCUUAAUUUUAAAGCUGGAGAAGUACUAACUAUCAUUACUACUCAAGAAGAUGGUUGGUGGGAGGCAGAAAAUGAGAAAGGGGAGAAAGGCUCUGUACCAUCUACAUAUCUCAAGAUGUUCAAUAAAUACAAAGAUGUUCAACAAUCAGAUGAAGAAGAUGAAGAUAAUGAAGAAGAUGAAGAUGAGGAAGAGGAAGGUGAUGAAGGCACAGAGAAAAAGAGUAAAAAUAAAAAACCUAAAAGAGAGUUAAAAAGGGAAUUAGGAGAAGGUGAUGAAGAUGAAAAAGAUGAUGAUGAUGACGAUGAUGAGGAGGAGGUAGAAGAGGAGGAGGAGGAGGUAGGAGAAGAGGAAGAAGAGGAAGAGGAUGAUGAUAAAGAAGUAUCAAAGACAGAAAAAGGUAAACCAGAUGAAGAUGAUGAGGAAGAGAUUGAAGAAGUUGAAGAAGAAGAAACAGUAGGUGAGGAGGAAGUUGAAGAGGAGGAAACAGAAGAGGAAGAAGAUGAUGAGGAAGAAACACGUCCUAAAAAAGGUCGAUUAUUUGAAGCCAUAUGUGACUUUUCCAGUAAAGAGAAGGGUGAUCUUAAUUUUAAAGCUGGAGAAGUACUAACUAUCAUUACUACUCAAGAAGAUGGUUGGUGGGAGGCAGAAAAUGAGAAAGGGGAGAAAGGCUCUGUACCAUCUACAUAUCUCAAGAUGUUCAAUAAAUACAAAGAUGUUCAACAAUCAGAUGAAGAAGAAGAAGAUAAUGAAGAAGAUGAAGAAGGCACAGAAAAAAAGAGUAAAAAUAAAAAACCUAAAAGAGAGUUAAAAAGGGAAUUAGGAGAAGGUGAUGAAGAUGAAAAAGAUGAUGAUGAUGACGAUGAUGAGGAGGAGGUAGAAGAGGAGGAGGAGGAGGUAGGAGAAGAGGAAGAAGAAGAAGAGGAUGAUGAUGAAGAAGUAUCAAAGACAGAAAAAGGUAAACCAGAUGAAGAUGAUGAGGAAGAGAUUGAAGAAGUUGAAGAAGAAGAAACAGUAGGUGAGGAGGAAGUUGAAGAGGAGGAAACAGAAGAGGAAGAAGAUGAUGAGGAAGAAACAAGUCCUAAAAAAGGUCGAUUAUUUGAAGCAAUAUGUGACUUUUCCAGUAAAGAGAAGGGUGAUCUUAAUUUUAAAGCUGGAGAAGUACUUACUAUCAUUACUACUCAGUAAGUAAAUUAUUUGAUAGUCAUUUCACCUUAGAACCAU